AUUCCGCUCGUAACACACUCCAAAAAGCAAGCAACCACCUCCACACCUGUUGCUUUCUCUACCUCUGCAAUCUCUUCCAACUUGAAGGCUAUUGUUACCAUGAUGAAGGCUGUGCGUUGGUCCACUCUCCUUUGGCUUGUAGUUCUUGGUACCCCAACAUGCAGUGCCUUUAGUACGGCGGUGGUAUCGGCUACCCGUGGAGCGAAACUCCUUGGGGGCGGCAGAUUCAGAACAUUUCCAAGCAGCACCCACACGAGACAACAAUCAUCAUUGGAUGCCUCCGUACCGGUAGACAGCACAAUACCCUCUGCUGCUGACGAUAAGUCCACCGGUUUCCCAGACAAGCCAUCAUAUCGACACUACGACGCCAUUAUCUGCGGGGGAGGGCCGGCUGGAUUGUUGGCUGCCAUUAUGCUCUCGCAAAAGUUUGGUCCCUCCUACAAGAUUGCCGUCUGUGAACAACGGGCAGCCAUUCCACCGUCGCCAUCGGACGAGACGGUUUGGAGCGAUAUCGCGCGAUUCUAUUUGUUGGGAAUUGGACAUCGAGGCCAAUCAGCUCUGAAGAAAUUUGGUGUCCUCGAGGACUUUUUCAAAGCGUCUGUGGAAAAUCUAGGCCGACGAGAUUGGCAGCCAGGAAUGACCAAAGUGGAAGAUGGCAGAACCACCAUCGCCACGAAAGAUCCACCGAGUCGAGUGCUGGCCCGGGAUAAAUUGGUGGGUGUUCUGCACGAACAUUUGGUUCGGGAGUACACAGAAGGGAAAGGAGCCACUAUUGACCUUCUCUAUGGGUUCCAGGUCGAUCCUGUCAGCUUUGGAGUCGACAACGACAAUGCAGAAGAAGCUGUCAAAGUACGAAUCUCUCCUUGUCAAGAUAUUGUGGACGGUCCGACGAUACCGGUUGCGGCCUACGCAGCGUCACAGGACGCAGAACAGCUUUGUGAUGCCGAGGGUUCUUCCAUGGUGACGACUGAUUUCCUCAUUGGAGCAGAUGGUGCUGCCCGGACAGUGGCAAAAGCCAUGGAAGAUGCCGAUAGAGAACGAUACAACAGCUACAAUCCACUACGACGUCUCUUUGCCGAACGGCCUUUCCGUGUCACUAGUUUCAAUGACGAUAAUCCACGUGUGUAUAAAUCAGUGCCAAUCUUGUUGCCCAAGGAUUGGCCGCGUGGACUCAACUACUCGGCCCGCUCCAAAGACAGCCGCGUCACUUUGGAAGCCCUCCCUUCGGAUGACAAGGGCAACCUAUGUGCCUUGUUGCUGAUGAAACCGGACGAUGAACUGGCACAACCCAACACGCCACCAGCUUUAUUGCGAAAGUUCUUUGACGAGGAAUUUCCACAAUUUGGAGCACUUCUUGACGACGAGGAAAUUGCCAAUAUCGCGCAAAAGCCAGCGUCCAAGCUUCCCGUCUUUCGGUUUGUCGGACCACGACUGCGUUUGGGACAACGAACUAUGGUACUGGGCGAUGCGGCUCAUACUGUCAAACCGUAUUAUGGUCUGGGUGCCAACACUGCUCUGGAAGACGUACAAGUGUUGUCAGAGCUUCUCGAUGAUUGCGACAAGGACAUUCCCAAAGCGGUCAAAGCCUUCUCGGAUCGUCGAGCUGGUGAUGCCGCAGCACUGGUGACAAUAUCAAGAAACAUGGAUCGGCCUGGGAAGUGGUUUUUGGUCAACUUUUUGCUACCCUUGAUUCUCGAUGGAAUCUUUCAUAAGGUGGCCCCUCAGAUCUUUGGUCCCAACAUGUUUGGAAUGUUUCAGAAGAAGGGAAUGGGAUUCAAGCAAAUACAACGAAAGAAACGACUCGAUCGCGCUCUGCAGCUCACAAUAAUAGGCGCGGUCCUCACAGGCAUUGGAGCAUCUCUCAAGGCCGCCGUCAGAUUGCUGGCUAGAGCCACGGGUCAACAUCAGUCCGUGGUUUCCAUGAGUCUAGUCCUUGCAUCAUCAAUGAUUGUGCUGCUAAGGCGAUCAAUACAAAACAAAGAGACAAAGCUAGCAAAAGAAACAGCCUAAAGGUGAAGUUUGCCCAAUAAAGUAACUGACCCUUCCAUUCUGACUACCUCCAGAACUCGUUACUUCUUCGUUAAAAUAAAAACGAAACGAAAGGCCCCAGGAUCCCUCAUGGUUCCUUCCAAAGUGGCGACGCAACCCUUAGACUCCAUCACUCCAUAACCCCCUCCCC